CGCUUCGCGUUCCGACGCGGAGGCGGCGGCGGUGGCGGUGGAGGCGGCGGCGGCGGGGGCGGCGGCGUGCACAAGCGCCUGCGCGAGGAGGAUGAGGACGAGGAGCAGCAGGAGGACGGAGACGUCGACCCCAGGGGAUACGACUCCACGGAGAACGAGUAUGAGGUGAUCAACGCCUCGUCGCCCGUCGACGGCGCCGCGAGCACAGCGUCGCUGCCCUGCACGCCGCCCACGUCGCCCGCCUCGCGCCCGCCCUCGCCCUCGCCCACGCCCACGCCUUCGCCCUCGCCCGGCGGCCUUCCACGCUCCGCCACGCUCCUCGCCGCGCCCGCCGCCGCCGCCCUCCCGCCGCCCGGCGGAGGCACCGCCACGCCCUUGGACACGCCCAGCUCCACCAGGACCUCCACCACCUGCGCGCGCAGCGUGGCCAGCAGCCGGGCGUCCGCAGGCAGCGAGCGAGGGAUCUUCCUGCGCCACCACCACCAGCAGCCGCCGCGCCCGCCCAGCGCCGCCACGCUCGCCAACGGCCGCAGCACGCCCAGCCUGUCGCACGUGGCAGGCGCCGUGCGCGCCAACCCCAAGGAGCACAAGGAGCAGCGCAACCUGCAGCGCCUGCUGGCCGGCGGCUCCGAGUUCAGCCUGGCCGGCCCCGACCACGACCUCGAGCUCGACUACUACGACUACAACGUGUCCAACGCCGGCGCCGUGCCGGGCUCGUACCUGGGCAUGGACCCGGCCUACCUGGUGUGGAUCCCACCGUUCGCGCCGGGCGCCUGGGAGGAGCAAGGCGAGCAGCUGCUGGCCGAGGCGCAUGCGCAGGCGCUGCUCGCGCAUGCGCAGUCAGAGGCGGACGUCAGCGCCGCGGGCGCGGGCGCGGAGCGGGACCCGCCGCCGCUGUCGUUCCGCCAGGCGACGGAGAUGGUGCCGCGCGCGCUGCUGCAGCUGCCGCCGUCUGGCGGCGAGGACGACAACCGGCACGCGCGCAAGGGCCGGCCGCGCAGGCGCAAGGACAAGGACAAGGGCGGCGAGUCGCCCGCGCGCGUGCACGGCGGCGGCGGCCUCGCCGAGAAGGAGACGCGCGUCGAAAAGUCGCCCAGCGACGCAAACUCCGACUUCUGUGAUUUCCUCCACGGGGACGAGGACAUUAAGUUCGCAGACGAGGAGGAAGACGAGGAGUGCAAUAUCAGUGACAAUGCCAUCGUAGCCGAACACAAAGAAAAUUGCCAUAUCAAAGUAUAA